AGAUGUUUGACGUGUCUGAUGUUUGACGGACUUUUUGGGCGACAACACAGCUGCGGCAGAGCAGCUUGGGCCCGCUAACGAUACGGGUUAUUUCUGGAAAUCACGAAGCUCGAGGUUCCAGGCAUGUCCCAAUAAGAAGAGGCCCCGGUGCAGACUCGGCUCUCUGGAGGGAUUAUAUUCCCUCUCUGGUGUGGGAACGCCUCAGGGUCCCCUAGGAGGAGCUGGAGAGUGUCGCUGGGGAAACGGAGGUCUGGAUUUCUCUCCUUGACCUGUUGCCUUGGUGACCUGACAACGAUAAGUGAGUGGACAGUUUCUGGAUUAGAAAUGGCCGAAGGAGGCUUUGACCCCUGUGAGUGUAUCUGCACUCAGGAAUACGCCAUGAGACGCCUCAUCAGUCUGCUCAGACAAUCUCAGUCCUACUGCACGGACAUAGAGUGCCCUCAAGAGCUGCCAGGACCCAGUGGGCCAGGAGGUGGAGGAGGUGACCUGACCCUGUCCAUGGUCCUGAUGGGCUGGGUGGUGGUGGCCCUGGUCCUGUUUCUGCUGCGCCCAUCUGGUCUCAGGGGAGCUCGCCCUGCAGGAAAACCCUCAGGACCUCAUCACAGUGAAAGACGGGAGCCUCCAGCACCGCCUGUGGAUUAACAGAGGAGCAGGAGCACCAGCAACCAUCAAGCUGCUCAGACUGACCAGGACUGCUGCAGCUCCCUGUCA